CCACCCUGCCCCGCUCCCUAAUUAAAGGCUUUGGAGCAGGGCCGCCCGCAGCUCUGGGCACACACUCUCGGGUCGCCUCUCGGCAGGAGCAGAUCGGGGUACGUUGUGGGUAAAGGGGGGUCCCGGGCGGGCUGCAGCCCCCCGAGCUGCAGCGAUGAGCGGCUCCUUCGACAAGAAACUCUCCAGCAUCCUCACCGACCUGUCGGGCUCGCUGAGCUGCCAUGCCUCCUCCAAGGACUCCCCGACGCUUCCCGAGUCCUCCGUCACCGACCUGGGCUACUACAGCGGCCAGCACGACUUCUACCCCGGCCAAUCCUACGGGCAGCCCGUCGCCCAUUACCCCUAUCCCCAAUUCAACCUCAACUCCAUCGGCGCCGGCGGAACCUAUUCCCCUAAAUCUGACUAUUCCUACAGCCCGUCCUACCGGCAGUACGGCCACUUCAGGGACCAGCAGCUCCCGGCGCAGGAUGCAGUGUCGGUGAAGGAGGAGCCGGAGCCCGAGGUGCGGAUGGUCAACGGGAAACCCAAGAAGAUCCGCAAACCCCGCACCAUCUACUCCAGUUACCAACUGGCCGCCCUGCAGCGCCGCUUCCAGAAAGCCCAGUACCUGGCCCUGCCUGAGCGCGCCGAGCUGGCGGCCCAGCUGGGGCUCACCCAGACCCAGGUGAAGAUCUGGUUCCAGAACCGCCGCUCCAAGUUCAAGAAGCUCUACAAGAACGGCGAGGUGCCAUUGGAGCACAGCCCCAACAACAGCGAUUCCAUGGCCUGCAACUCCCCCCCAUCGCCUGCCGUCUGGGACAGUGCCUCGCACGGCAGCGCGCCGGGACGGACCCCCCUGCCACAGCCGCUGCCCUACAGCCCCUCGCCCGCCUUCCUGGAGGAGCACAGCCCCUGGUACCACCCGCAGAGCCUCGCUGCCCCCCACCAACCCCCCACCACCAUGCACCACACCUCGCCGGGGCCGCCCCCCAACCCGGGCGCCGUCUAUUAA